GGCCACACUAUUAAUUGCUUUAUUUUUGCAUCACGAAAUAAUUUUGCAAAACUCACAAAAACCUUAAUUAAACAGACAAGUUGUGAAUUGCGGUGAUUGUUUUAAACGUAUACUUGUUCCCGCAGUGCUGCUGACCACAAUCGCCAUUAAAAGUGUGCUUUAAAACCGCGUUUUGUGUGUGCAACGAGAGGAGACGCUUCUGAUAAGCAGCAGCGCCAUCUUCGUCUUCUUAUAAGAAUGCCUGCAACACACACGGCUACCAAAAUGUUUGCUUACAUUAUGAAAUGACAACACAGCGCAAAAACUAAAGCUAACGCUAUUGACGCCGCCCGCUGCGCCUGUAGGGCAGUGCCACCCACAACUACAACAAAAUCCACACAGACAUGUGCAGCGCGCAGCUCUAAUCUAUUGUAAAUAAACUGCGUCCACAAGCGUCUAUUGUGAACGGGACACAUACUCUCGGUCACGUACGCCGCUGCCGCCAAGUGUUCGGAUUCGGUUGCGUUCCUCCUGCCUGCUUCUGCCUGCCUGCUGCUUCCUCGUACCCACGCAGUGUGUGUGCGGGUGUGACGCGGUUUUACCUGGAAUAAAGUUUUGCUCAAAUCUGCAAUAAAAUAUGAAAUAAGUCAGCGGAGAACCAUCGGCCCAAAGCAUGUGAAGCGGAGCAGAGUGCUAUACAUCCUCAGCAACAGCAUCAUCAAAGGAGAAGUACGGGUUCCAGGAUCGAUCGAAAUUAGGCGAAAGAAGAGAAAAAACAGACAAAGAAGGGAGACAGUCAGAGAGAGCCUUUCGCUCAAAUGAAAAUGUCUGAAAUACCGCGCAUCAUGGUCUUCCGACCCACCUGGGAGGAGUUCAAAGACUUUCCCAAAUACGUGGCCUACAUGGAGUCACAGGGCGCCCACAAGGCUGGGCUGGCCAAGGUGGUGCCGCCCGCGGAGUGGAUACCGCGCCGCAGCGGCUAUGCCGAUUUGGAUGCCCUGAAUGUGACAAUUCCCGCGCCCAUCUGCCAGGUGGUGACGGGCAAACAGGGCUACUACCAGCAGAUCAACAUACAAAAGAAGCCGCUGACGGUGAAGCAGUUCAGCGAUCUCGCCAGCACCGAGCGCUAUGCCACGCCCAAGCACUUUGACUACGAGGAUCUCGAGCGCAAGUACUGGAAGAAUAUUACCUAUGUGGCCCCCAUUUAUGGGGCCGACGUCAGCGGCAGCAUCACAGAUCCCGAUCAGGAUAGUUGGAACAUCAACAGACUGGGCACGAUACUGGACUACGUGAACAAGGACUACAACAUACAGAUCGAUGGCGUGAACACCGCCUACCUCUACUUUGGCAUGUGGAAGACAACGUUCGCGUGGCACACCGAGGACAUGGACCUCUACUCGAUCAAUUAUCUGCACUUUGGUGCACCCAAGACGUGGUAUGUGGUGCCGCCCGAGUAUGGCCGUCGGCUGGAGAAGGUGGCCAAUCAGUAUUUCCCGGCCAGCUACAAGAACUGCAAUGCAUAUCUGCGCCAUAAGAUGACGCUCAUAUCGCCGCAGAUCCUCAAGCAGCACAACGUGCCCGUCAGCAAGAUCACACAGGAAUCGGGCGAGAUUAUGAUCACCUUUCCCUUUGGCUACCAUGCGGGCUUCAAUCAUGGCUUCAACUGCGCCGAGUCCACAAACUUUGCCAUGGAGCGCUGGAUCGAGUACGGCAAGCGAGCGGUCCAGUGCACGUGCAGCAACGACAUGGUCAAGAUCUCCAUGGACACGUUCGUGAAGCGCUUCCAAAGCGAUCGCUACGACAUGUGGAUGGAGGGCCGGGAUGUGGGUCGGCAUCCAGAGGAUUCCACUGGGGGUACAGCGAUCACGGCCGCACCGCUGCCGCCACACCUCGAUGUGCUGCUGUGUGAUAAGAAAAUGAAGAAGCAAUGCAAUCCCACCAUAGCGAAGAGCUUUAAGGAGCGCAAUCCAGACCUCGAUCUCGAUGAGAUUCAACAGAAUCCGAAUGUGCCCGACGAUGUCAAGGCCAUGCUGAAGGAGAGCGUGCUCACGCUGGACACGGGCGACCUCGCCAUCGAGGCUGAGGGCGAUUAUCCGCACGAGGAUGCUGUGAGUCUGCAGAGUCCGGCGGACUUUAAGACCAAACAGGAGCUGCUCGAGUACAUGGAUGAUGGGACAGAAGACGAUGACGAGGAGGAGGAGUUUAAGCGUCGCAAGGCGAAGCGGCGCUACGAUGCGGACUACGACGACGAUUGGCUAGCCUCCCACCAUCGCCGCACCAACUCGCGGAACAGCAGCCGCGGCCGCAGUCCGCGCACCAAGGACGAACGCUCCACAUCGCCAGCCUCCUCCACAUCCUCAACAUCGCGCGGCGGACGUCGCGGCAAGGGCAGCGCGACGACUCGCAAAACUCCUUCAAAGCGGAAAAAGGAUUCGCCCGCUGCAGUGUCGCCGGCUGCAGCAGCCACAACACUUGCCACAGUGGCAGCAGCAGCAGCAGCAUCAAAUUCAACAACAACAACAGCGACGGCAACGACGGUGGCGGUUAGCAGCGAUGGAGAUGCCAAAAAGGAGCAACAAUCGCUGGCAUUCAUGCAACAGCCUCGCAAAUUCGAGGGCAAAAUACCAAAACUAAGUCAGCCAGCAGCAGCAGCAGCAGCAGCAGCUACAGCGACAGCUACAGCUCCCACAGGCGUAGCAGCCACAUCCACAUCUAGUCAGGAUCAGCAGCGCAUAUUCUACAUCAAUAUGUUGCCCUCAGCCAACACGCUCAAUGGCAUUCCACAGCAGCAGCCUCAACAGCAGCAGCAACAGCAGCAGCAGCAGCAGCAGUAUGGCAGCACCGAUGGCAAUGUCUAUCAGCUGCAAAACGAAAUACUCUGUGAUGCAAAUGGACAGGCCGUAACGGCUGCCACAGCCACAUAUCAGACGACAGUGCCGAGCAGUCCCCAACAGCAACAGCAGCAGCAGCAGCAGCAGCAACAAAAUGUUGCUGUUAGCGUGGCCAACAGCGCUGCCGACAAUGUGGUCACAACUAUUAGUUCGUCCUCCAUCCUGCACACGAACGGCACCACCGCCCACACGAACGGAGGAGGGGGCGGAGGCGGAGUGGACACCAACGAACAUCAGCAGCAACAACAACAGCAGCAGCAGCACCAUCAUCAGCCACAGUACCACUACAUCACCACCACUGGCGAGGACGGACAGACACCGACGACCAUAGUUUUUGAGAACUAUAAUGGCGGCAUGCCCACAUCUGUCGCGUCUGCCACACCCACGCCAGUGGCGGUGGCUGCCUCGCCGGCGCCAGCAACGACCACGACCACGGCGCUGGUCAACACGGACGGCACCAUCAUCGAGUUCGAUGGCAACACCUACGAGGAGUACCAUGUGCUCAAGAGCGAGCCGGGGAGCAGCGACUGUUUGAGCAAUGGGAGCAGUGCCGUGGCGGCGGACAUCAUCAAGUACGAGCCGCAGCAUGUGGAGGAGGAUGACGAGGAGAGUGGCCUGCAGGCGAAGUACGAGGAGGAGGGCCUGCAGGUGAAGUACGAGGAGCAGGAGCAGGACCUAGACCAGGGCCAGGACUACGAGGAGUAUCAGGUGAUCAAGGCCGAGGUGGAGGCAGAGGCGGCGGAGCAGGCGGCCGGCACGGUCAGCUACACCAUCACGAGUCUGCCCGACGAUCACGGCCAGCCGCAAGCCAACUCCGGCGAGCCCAAUGCCAGCAUGGUGCCCAAGUCGGGUUCAGCGGCGGCUGCCAAGCAGAAGCGCAAGCGGAAGACGCGCGUCAUUGCCGAGGACGAGCAGGGCGAGUACCUGGAGAAGAUGAGUGUGCGCGGGCUGGACAUUGCGCGCUACGAGCACAUCAUCGACGGCGUGGCCUACUGCCUGGUGUGCGCCAAGAACGAGAUCUUCAAGACGUUCAAGAACAAGUACAGCUUCCAGCGGCACGCGUACCUCUUCCACGAGGGCCAGAACCGCAAGAUCUUCGCCUGCCCCAUCUGCAACAAGGAGUUCUCGCGCCCCGACAAGAUGAAGAUGCACAAGAAGGACAAGCACGGCGAUGUGCCCAUGCCGCCGUCGGCCACCACCACGCCCCUCAAGGGGGACGGCACCCCGGCCGCCAAGCGACCGCGUACCUCCCGCACCCCACGUGUCCGCAAGUCCAAGGCCAGCGACGCGGGCACACCCACCGGCACGCCAGCCAAGAAGCGCCUCGCGCAAAUCGACAGCGUGCUGGACGAUGUCCAGAACUCGGAGGGCAUCUCCGUGCCCCAAUCCCAGCACCAGCAACAGCAGCAGCAGCAGCAGCAGCAGACGGUGGUGAAGGUGGAGGGGCAGUCGCAGCCCCACUACGAGAUGGAGAACGUGACCUACCUGAGCUCCACGGCGGCGGCCACGCCAACGACGGCCGAGCAGCAGCACCAACAGCAGCAGCAACACGUGAUUGGCACCGUGCAGAGCUACCAGAUCCUGACGCCCGAUGGCCUGCAGAGCUUCCAGCCCAAGCUGGAGCCCGGGGAGCUGGGCGACCUGUGCCCCUACUCGCAGUACACAUUCCAGCCCACGCUCAAUGCCAACGCCCUGGACGCGCACACGCAGCAGCAGCAUCACCACAACCAGCAGCACCACCACCACCAGCAGCAGCAGCAGACACAUCUGCUGCAGCAGCAACAGUUCGCCACCCACAAUCCGCACCAGCAGUUCAUGGAGCUGAAGAACGAGCUGCUGAUCAAGGGCAGCGACGCGUACGCCCUGGACACUGGCUCCAUGUACCACCUGCCCUUUUCGCCCACGUCGAUGAUCAAUGCGGUGAACGAUGUGAACACAUCGUCCCUGCUGGAGACCAAAGAAAUUAGUGGAAGCAACGCCAACGUCAGCGCUGGAGCUGCUAGCAACUGUGUCUCUGUGGUGAGCGGCAGCGGAAUCAAUGGCUUCAAGGCCGGAGCCAAAAAGACGCCCGUGAUCCUGCUAGCUGCCCGCGGACCCGGCAAGCAUGCGCCCAUCAGCCUCAUCAAUGGCACUGGCAAGGCCGGAGCGGGCGGUGUCACGUUGCUGCGCGUCAAUGCACAGCCCCAACGCAAUCAGCGGCAGGUCAUCGUCGCCCCAGAGCAGGUGCAACAGCAGCAGCAACAGGUGCAGCAGCAGCAGCAGGAACUGACUGAGGAAGAGGCGGAACAAAUGGAGCUGGCGGAGGAGGAGGAACUCGAGGAAGAUCUGGAGGAUGACGAUGAUCUCUCCUCUUCCACCGCUCAAAUCCUACGCAAAUUCCGCAUACCCAAGGGCACGGCCCUGACUGCCAAGUCCGGGGACAAUUACCUGGCCAUGCCCACGCCCACACCGUCGCCCCCAGGGGGCGUCAAUGCGGGUGGCUCCGCCGCUGAUGUUGGCAAUUACAUUGAGAACGAAGACGACAUCAUCGAGGAGCUGCACGAGGAUGAUCUGGUCGAGGAGAUCAUCGACGAAGAGCAGUGCGAGGAGCAGCCCGAGCUGGAGGAGGAAGAGGAGGAGCAGGAAGCGACGACGGCCGACCACGAUGGCCUCGACCUGAGCAGCCAAAGCCAGGCGGCGCCACAGCCAGUGGUAACAAGUGCCCCAGCGACUCAGCAGCUGCUGCUCACCUCCGCCCCACAGCCGCCUCCCCUACAGCUGCAGACGGUGAGCUCCAACGGCACGGUGACGUACCUCAAUCUGCCACCCAACACGAUCCUGCUGCAGUCGGCCGAUGGCAGCAUCAUAGCAGCCACCCAGGUGCCGCAUCCGAACAAGGCGGGCCAGCAUCAACUCAUUGCUCUGCCGGGCAAUGUGGCGAUGGCCGAACCGGCGCCCCAGGCCACAGCGGCGCCGACGCAGACGCUGCUCCUCACGGCCGACGGCACGGCCAUUCCGAUAAUGACGAAUGUCGCGACCCAGCAGCAGCAACAACAGCAGCAGCACCAGCAGCAACAACAGCAACAGUCGGCUGCUGCUGCUGCUGCCCAGCUGUUUGCCGCGUAGGGGCUAAUGGGUGGCCAAAUGGGUCGAUUUUUGAACAGCGCCACCAUAAUGCCGACCACUUAUUUCUUUUAAGAAUCGCCGCCAAUCGAUGAAUUAAAAUGUCUGACAGAUCCAUAAAUGAUGUUGCUCAUGGGACAGGGCUUCUCGGAGCCCUGUCUCGUCAGCAACAUUUUGCCCAGAAACCGAUUGAAAUCGUCGCAUUUGGCCACCCACCCAUGGAUGGGGCAGAUUGGCAAUUGGGGGGAACACGGGCAAUAGAAACAGUUUAAGAACAAUACGAAAAAAAACUCACAAAAAGCCAAGCUAAAAAAACUCUUUGAUAUUACUACAAUGUUGGAUGUGCAUAGAAAAUUUAUUUUUAUACAUUAAAAAUCGUGAAUAAAACGGGGCAAAUCAAAUGUUGUUCAACACACCCAAAAAGACACACACAACAAGUAACAGAUAACACAGUGUUGUAAAGGAAUCAAAUAUGUACAUUUCAAAGGCAAAACUUAAGUUCAUCUCUACAUAUAGCUAUACAUAAAUUAUUUAUACGAGUUAAGGUUAGCAUUAAAUAUUAAGUGCAAAGACGAGACACACACCCAAACCAGUUGUAACUACUCGUAUUACCACCGCUGCCCACCCCAGUGGGUCGAGCGCCGGAAUAUGUUUAGCCUAAUUUACGAUUAGCAUUUCGUAUUGUAUCGUGUAUUCACUUCUCACUAUCUAAGUAUGUAUGGAUAUACAUAUGCAUACCUAUGAAUAUAAUUUUGUUCCUUUUUACGUAUCGAGAAGUACAUGGAGUACUAGUAUUUCGCCACUAAGUUCCACAGAAUCUAUUUAUUUAUUCUUGUUAACGCCCCCGCAGACCACCCAUGAGUUCGUACAACCGUACAGCGUCGCGUAGUCCCUUUGUCCUUAUGGUUUUUCUUUUAUCAUGUUGCAUAUUCUUUACGUCAAAUAUUAUAACUACAUAUGUAUGUACAUGUAGAUGUAUUGUGUGUAUGUUUUAUCUGCAAUUCUGUUAUGCCAUUCAUCUAAGAGUAAGCGAAUUCAAGCAUAGCACUGACCGAAACCGACUUUUAAGUUUGUAAACUCCUCCUCCGAUCACGAUCACGAUCACCCUCUCACCCAUUUGAUACUUAAGGCUAAAGUAAAGUAUUUUUUCAUAUGAUUACAGCCCCAACUAGGUUAAGCGCCCCACACACACACACACACACACACACACACAUAACAUAACAUUAAUGGAAGACAAUGAUUUGAAGCGUAUAUAAAUAGCUGUAGCCUAAGGAGACCCACACAAACAAACAAACAAAUAAA